AGUUACUGAUGGACUGCCAAAAUAAGAAGAUGGAGCUGGAGGAUGCUGUGAGGGAGUUAGAGGCCACGGCGCAACAACAGUUACGAGGACUGGCAAACCAGAGUGAGGCUGCUAUUGAGGCUGCUCAGGACAAACUCAGCCUGGCUUACGGGAAAAUACAGAUUUAUCAACAGUUUGUCAAGGGACUGGCAAAUGAUUUGGUACGGAGGGUAGGACAGACACGCUCCCACCUGAAGGACAUCCUCAUCAGGAAGGAAGAGGAAGAGCUGAUUCAAAGACAGAUUCAGAAUCAGAGUCAUGGAAAUGCUUCACUCCAGAAAGCACAAAGUCUGGCCCGUGACAUCCUCAAUCUUAGCCAGUCCGACUUGGAUGAUAUCAUGAGUGCAGAUGGAGAUUCAAUAGCGGAAAGUGAAAUCAGUACUGACAAAAGACUGGACAGGAAAUGGAAUAAAAAAUGUGAAAAACUUAUAUCAGGAAAGGAUGACUUUGCCUUGCCACUGAUAGAGCUGUUUGUUCAGAAGAUCGAGGAACGUUGCGAGCUUCUAGUGAAACUUCAACAGACUGCCAGCUGAGAAAAAAACCCAAAAAAUCCUGUUUUGAAAUGGUUUAGUUGGAAUCUCAGAAAUGCUACAGACAUUAUGUUGGAUUCACUUACAUGAACAUCUUUUUACAAAAAUUAGAUAUUUGUAGAUGAUAUGCAGGUCCUGUAACAUAUUAUUAUUGAUAACAAAGUCAUCAGGAUGAUUGAACAGGAAAUGUUUACUCAAUAAGGGAGAGAUAUUUAGGUGAUAGUAAAGGUGUAAUGUUUAGAUAAUUUUAUCAUUACCCAUCUGUACUUAAAUCUAACAAGAUGGAAACGUUUGGUAACCCCAGGGUUGAGGUGUUACAGUUUUCUAUUUAAUGCCCUGAGAAGCCUUGACUGUACCGACAGUUUAUUGAAACAGAUCAUUAAUACAAAAUCCCAAAGUGAUAUUAUUUAGUUAUUACAAGGAUGUUAAACCCGGACCUAUACAAAAAAAAAAAUAAGUUGUAUAUUUAACCAAAAUAUAGACAUCUGUUAAUUAUUAAAUUACCAAUUGAUGAUUACUUUAAUUGUAUAUCUGUUUAAAUUUACCAAGUGAGAUAGAUUUCUUCAUUACUAUUUAGUGAAAAAAUUGUCUUUAUUCAUUUCUUUAGAUCUCCCUUGAGUAUAUGUUCAAAAUAAGAUACAUGUAGCACAUGGCAUAUUUAUUAUGUAAUACAAUGUAGAUGAGAGUUAGUACAAGUGUCUAUGAUAAGUACAUUCCGUCCGAGUCUCAAUAUAACCUGCCCACAUCAGUGCUUUAUAUUUCUAUAUAAAAAGACACUUAUUUUACAUCUUUUUAGACAAUUUUAUAAUGUAAAUAAUGUAUUUAUGUGUGUAUUUAUAUAUAACAAUAAACAUCUACUGGUAUA